GAGGAGAAGACCAAGAAAGCCGUCUACACUCUUCUUUCUCGAGUGUGGGAGAAUGUCACGAAGAAUUGGGAUGCAAGCACUCUGGUUCCAGCAGCGGGCGGCUUGCCCAAGACGAUUGCGAAGCAACACGAUGUGGCAAAGCCCAAGAUGAUUGCAAAGCAACAUGAUGUAGCAAAGCCCAAGAAAGCGAAGAAAGUGAGCCUGAAGCAGAAGCAGAUUCCCUCACUGCCAAACAGAGUGGAAGUGAUGCAGCCUGAGCGAGGUCUGUGCUCUAUGGCUGCAAUGUGGCGCUCCGCACUUGAGAAGGACAGCUUCGUGGUAAUCCGAGACCAUUUGCCCGAAGACCGUCGCACCGCAGUCAUGGACUGCAUUGUGGCACACGUGCGGCGGUGGGUGCCGUCGGCAGGCGACAUGAAGGAAAACAACGACGUUCUUCAGUCCUUGUCCGAUGUUCCCUGUCAGCAGUGGAUGAAGACGCCGCCCGACUUUGGCGGGCCGAG